GGGGCGGGGCGGCCGGGAGGCCGGGGCGGGGCCACGCUCGAGCUCAGCGUCCCGCUCCCAUGGCCGCCCCCGGCUCCCUGCGCUGCCCCCUCUCCCCCGGGCCGCGCCCCGGGGCCCCGCACUGACGGCCCAUGGCGCCGCCCGCCGCCCGCCUCGCCCUGCUCUCCGCCGCCGCGCUCACGCUGGCCGCCCGGCCCGCGCCCAGCCCCGGCCUCGGCCCCGGUCCCGAAUGUUUCACAGCCAACGGUGCAGAUUAUAGGGGAACACAGAACUGGACAGCACUGCAAGGCGGGAAGCCAUGUCUGUUCUGGAACGAGACUUUCCAGCAUCCAUACAACACUCUGAAAUACCCCAACGGGGAGGGGGGCCUGGGUGAGCAUAACUACUGCAGAAACCCAGACAGUGAUGUGAGCCCCUGGUGCUACGUGGCAGAGCACGAGGAUGGCGUCUACUGGAAGUACUGUGACAUCCCCACCUGCCAGAUGCCUGGAAACCUUGGCUGCUAUAAGGAUCAUGGAAACCCACCUCCUCUAACUGGUGCCAGUAAAACGUCUAACAAGCUUACCAUACAAACCUGCAUCAGUUUUUGUCGGAGUCAAAGGUUCAAGUUUGCUGGGAUGGAGUCAAGCUAUGCUUGCUUCUGUGGAAACAAUCCUGAUUACUGGAAGUACGGGGAGGCAGCCAGUACCGAGUGCAACAGUGUCUGCUUCGGGGAUCACUCCCAGCCCUGUGGGGGCGAUGGCAGGAUCAUCGUCUUUGACACUCUGGUCGGCGCCUGCGGUGGGAAUUACUCGGCCAGGACUUCUGUGGUCUAUUCCCCGGACUUUCCCGAUGCGUACGCAACAGGGAGGGUCUGCUACUGGACCAUCCGGGUCCCGGGAGCCUCCCACAUCCACUUCAGCUUCACCUUGUUUGACAUCCGGGAUUCCGCAGACAUGGUGGAGCUGCUGGACGGCUACACCCACCGCGUCCUGGUCCGUUUCAACGGGAGGAAUCGCCCACCGUCAUCCUUUAACAUCUCUCUGGACUUUGUCAUUUUGUAUUUCUUCUCUGAUCGCAUCAAUCAGGCCCAGGGAUUUGCUGUCUUAUACCAAGCCGUCAAGGAAGACCCACCACAGGAGAGGCCCACUGCCAACCAGACGCUGGCUGAGGUGAUCACGGAGCAGGCCAACCUCAGCGUCAGCGCUGCCCGGUCCUCCAAAGUCCUCUACGUCAUCACCACCAGCCCCAGCCACCCAUCCCAGACCGUGCCAGGUAGAUGGACAGUGUAUGGCCUGGCAACGCUCCUCAUCCUCACAGUCACAGCCAUCAUAGCAAAGAUGCUUCUGCACAUCACCUUCAAAUCCCAUCGAGUUCCUGCCUCGGGGGACCUUAGGGACUGUCAUCAACCAGGGACGUCGGGGGAAAUCUGGAGCAUUUUUUAUCAGCCUUCCACUUCAAUUUCCAUCUUUAAGAAGAAGCUCAAGGGUCAGAGUCAACAAGAUGACCGUAAUCCUCUUGUGAGUGACUAAAAGCUCCCCUCUCCGUGCCCAGGACACGAGAUCCCUCUGAGCUCGAGGACCCUGGGGACCACCUCUCCCGUGGUUUCCUUUGACCGACCCUUCCCUGCCUCUCCCUCGGCCUCUUUUGGGGCACCAGCCACAGGGGCAGCAUAGCCUGGAUUCGACCUGCUUCAUCACUGCACUUAGGAGAGAGAGUGAAAGUCCCAGCGUCGUGCUUCCUGCAUCUCUCUCUCUCUCUCUCUCUGAUCUAGGAGCGGGGGGUCGGGACAGUGGGGUGAGAUGAUAGGGGUGGGUGUGUCCAGCACUGGGCUCAGGUACGUUCUAGACAACUGUCAGGUAUUGGUUAGGUAGCGCUUCUUCUCAGUUUUGUCCACACGCAGAUUGCUUUUCCUGGUCUUUAUGGUUUGAAACAGGCCAGGCAGAGAGAGUUCUGAGGCUCUCCCGGGGGUUGGCCUGGUCCUGUACUCUGGGCAUUAGCUCCCCAAAGUGUGACGGAGGCCUGUGCUCCAUGCUAACUCUGGGGCUUUGCUCUCUGGUUGAGGACGGGCUGCCUCCAGCCUGGGAGGCCCUGUCACGUCAAACCUGACACCUCCACACUCGGGCUUCUUCCUGUGGCUUCUUUCUGCAGCCUGUUGACCAGCAGACAAGUUUGAGGGGUGGUCAUAGGAAACAUCCAUUGGUUUCUUCAUGCAGCAGACCCUCCCGAAAGCUUUUCGAGGCGCUCAGUAGAUCCUUGCUGGGCUGGGUUUGGUGGCCUCGCCCCCGAGCAGCUCGUGGUGCCGUGGAGCCUGAACCAGGCCCUAUCUCGAGAUUCCUAAGCUGACUCUCAGUUCAGAACAGGGGGUGUAAACAUGGUUGAGCAUCCAGGAAGCAUAGUGUGACACAGGGUGCCAGCAGUCUCUCCUUUUACAUGUCCCUCAUUUUAAAAGAGGAUGAAAAAUUCCCCACGGCCUGUGCUCUCUGCAGCCUCCGUGCCCCUGCUUGUGGGGACAGGGUGGGCUCUGGAAUGGCUCAGUGGGGAAGGAGAGGGCUCUUGUCCCUGGUCCCACAACCCUGCCGCCAGACGGGAAGGGGAGCCGCAGAGAGCAGCAUGCAGGGUGGGGAGGGAGGGCGUGGGGACCGGAGCCCCUCGGAGGAAAGGCCUCCACGGACUGAGAGCUGCACGGCCAUGGGCAGCUGGAGUCAGUGCCAUCCCGUCCAGAAGCCCUGCCGUCCGAGAGCAGCCUUGGCCACAGCAGCCGGGAGAGCACCUGGGCCUCCGAAGGCAGGGCCUGGCUUCUGUCAGAGCGCGGCUCUCCGGCAGGCACUCAGGCCAUGGGCCUCGGUGUGCCUCUGGCCUCACAGGUUCCUUGUUUGGGGCACUUCGACCCCAUCCCCGAGCCCCUGAGCUACUGCCCACUGAGGCCUUCCCUAGGGGUCUGCCACGCUGGCAGCCAUUUGCACCCCGUUCCCAGAAAGAGGGUGCAUGGGGCCAGCUGGGAGGUGACACCGGCAACCAGGAGAGACACUGGGAGCUGGCAGGGAGAGGGGUGUUCAGAGGGGAAAGUGUGUGUCCACAGGAGGGCCAACGUGCUGUCCCAGUCACUGGGUAAGGCUUUGAUCUGAAAAGGGCGGUGACCCCCUGGAGCAGCUGUCUGCCGGCCCCGGUAUCUGGAGACAGGCCUGCUGCAUGCAAGGACCACUGGAAUAUACUGACGUGUGCAGUCUCCCCUCCAAGAUAUUCCUGGCCUUCAUGGAAUCUCCUCUCAAACACAAGUGUCAGGUGUGUGUGGUCGCAGAGGGCCCUGUGCUGUGAAUAAGUCCAUGAGCAGCACAGAGGGAAUGUGGAAUCCUGCCUGGGAGGGCGCCACCCGGCCAGGGGCAGUUGCUCACAGCCGUGGGCUCCCUCUGAUCACUGGCCUUGGUGCGUCCUGUGGGCUCGCCUGCCCUCUUCACACUUCGUGACUUCAGGUCACAGUGUGUCUGAGCAGCUGGCACAGCCCUUUCUCAGAGAUCCCAGAAGAGCUGUGACCCCAGUGCUGUCCUUCCUGCCACCCUGGGCACAGCCCAGCACUUCAGGAUGCACUUACCGUCCCAGGAGCAGCCCCGGAAAACCCACACCGGCCUCAGGACGGGGUGGGUGGUGGGGGGAGCAGAAAGGGCCAUAAAUUGUCCCAGGCCCACCUCCAUAAAUGUGACCCGGCCACGACCUUGGCUGGAACCUGUCAGCCACACCCCUCCAGAGGGACCCCCGUGGCUGAGUAAACACCCGAGACAAAAAUUGUCCCAGAAGAGGGGAGGUGCACACCUGGGAGCACCAAAGGAGGAAGCACUUGGUCUGCUAAGAAACCACUUUAGAGGCCAGAAAGUGGGGGUUGGAGGAGACUAGAAAGGGUGGCCCUGAGAAAAGGGUGAGGCCUCCCCUUUCUGGGUGUGAGCGAGGUAACCAGGUUGCCGUAACUUCUGAAGUGUGGGCUGUGGCUCAAGACGCCAGUCAGCCAGGAACCCGCAAAGAUCAAAGCUCUCGCAAGCACAGCUGUCCAGGCCCUUAGGCCAAACCCGUGGGGCUGCGCGCCUGGACACGGCCCCACCCGCACGGCCCAUUGUCAGCCCCAGGCAGGAGUGGCCGACCUGCUCCGUGUCCGGCCAGGUCGUCCUGACACCAGCGGGGCAUGCAGCCCAUCACCAAGGCCCCGUGCGUCCUGGCACUUCCUCUUCCCGAGCACUUACAGAGGGACGGCCUCCAAGGUCCCGUCGCCUUGUGUGACGAUCACCCCAGGCCUCCCGCAAAGCCAGGCGGGCCCCCACUCUGUAGCCCAGUCACCUGCUGCCCUCUUGGGUUUCCAGUCUCCUCCUUGCUGUUUGAUGUCUGCUUUUGCUACCACCUUGGGAAUGUUUAACCUUUUGAUUGUUUCCUCUGGUGUCUUUGUUUACCUUCCUCACUGUUCUACCUCCUGGCCAGGGCUCUCAGCUUAGCUGCCCUGGCACGGGGUGUUUUCCAGACCUUCCAGCCGCAGCUGCCUUCCCUCAGGCUGGCUGGCUCGGGGGACAGGGCCUCACCCUCUGGCUGCAGACCCCAGGGGGCCCAUCUCCCUGGUUCCUGUCUUGCCAAGUUGAACAUACUCAACAAGGCAGCAGUGGGGUGUGGAGGAAAGUCUGAGGUCAAUCUGCUGCUUCAGAGAGGACGCGCUGUCAGGAGCACAUGGUUGGGAGGCUGCCGCCUCGGGGUCCACACAGCGCUAGGACCCGCCCACAUCGACUCACCUUCCCGCAGGAAUCCUGACUUUGGAUGACAAGGCUUUAUGUGUAAAUAUGCUCUUAAUAUGCAACUUUGAGAAUAAAAUAGAAACAUCAUGUAUUUUAAAAUAUAAGAUGAAGUGUGACGCACUGUAUACAAUUUAAUAUAUAUUUUUAGGAUUUUGUUAUUUAAGAAAAUGGAAUGUAAUGGUACUUAACUUUUACAAAAGAGAGAAAAAUGUUAUUUUUACCGUCUGGAGGAAAUAAAUAUUCUCAUUGUUGUAGAAACCGUGAUGGGCCGUAGGUCGUCAUGUUUACGGGGAGGCUUCCAGUCCCUGGGGCCAGGAAGGUGUCGUGCUGGGAGACCUGGGCUCUCCGCUUCGAUAUUCCCGUCAGCGUCUCCCAGUCGCUCAGCUCUCGUCACACCUCUGACCCACAGCCGAUCUCCGGCUGGUGAGGUCUGA